AUGUUGAGAUUACUUUUUAUAAGUGGCGUUCGAAAACAUAUACUAAAUACGCCACGCAGCUAUUGCAGAUGUGUCAUGCCUGCAUUGACACAUGUUUAUGAAUCGGGGCCUAUUAAUAGUAGCUUAUAUCCAUCUGGAUUCAUUCUCGUACAUGAAGAAAGACAAUGCCCCAAUGCUUGCGUCUCUCUUACAUUUGACGCUGGAUCGAGAUAUGAAUUAGCAAAGGAAAAUGGCGUCACACACUUUUUCGAGCAUUUGUGUUUUAAAGGAACCAAGAAGAGAUCAAAAAGCAAAAUUGAAAAUGAGAUGAAUGAAAUUGGCGGAAAGUUUAAAUGUUACACAACACGUGAAAUGAUUGGUUUUAGCGCCGAGUGCUUGUACGAAAAUAUUCCUCAAGCUUUAGAUCUGUUGACAGACUGCAUAUUUAACAAUUCCUUGUCCAACACUGAAAUAGAAAUUCAAAAAUGUAUUAUCUACCAAGAAAUGCUACAACACGACACUGAUUCUCUAUCUAUUCUGUUUGAUUAUAUACAUACCGCCGCGUUUCAGGGUACGCCGCUAAGUCAAUCAGUGAUGGGCCCAAGUCAUAAUCUUUACAAUUUCAAUUCUAGCUCCAUAGCAAUGUAUAUAGAAAAAAUGUUUGUGCCCCCACGAAUGAUUUUUUCAUGUGUGGGUCCUAUGAAGCAAGAACAGGCAUGUAACCUCGCAAAUACAUACUUAAACAGAAAUGUGCCUGAUCCUACCAUUUCAAGGCAAUACAGAUUUACAGCAGGUGAUAUUCGUUACAGGGACGAUUCCAUGCACGUAGCGCAUAUUGCACUAACUUUAGAAGCUCCACCGUUCCGACACGCCGAUUAUUGGCCCAUGUUAUUGGCAGCGAUGGCGAUCGGAGCUUGGGAUAGGUCACAGCCCAGCGGCCUUAACCACUCAUGCACACUAGCCCAAGCUGGUGGAGCGGGCAUAUUUAAUUCAUAUGAGGCAUUUUACUUAGCAUAUAGAGAUGCCGGUUUGUGGGGAGUACAUUUCGUUUCACCGCGAAUGGAAGUAGACAGCGCUGUCUCAUUAAUGCAAGGUGAGUUGAUGAAAUUAUGCACAAUAAUUACCGACUCGGAAUUAAUUAAAACAAAACUACAAAUGAAGUGGAAAAUUCUGAAAGAAAAUGAAACUAUUGAGAGUGCUUGUCUUAAUCACGCGAAAUGGGUAUUCUAUACUAAUUUCGCGCCAACGAUAAAAGAGAAAUUCGCUGCAAUAGACAAGUUGGUCGCAGACGAUGUAAGACGUGUGUGCUACGAGUAUGUCUAUAGCAAAUGUCCCGUUGUCACUGCCAUAGGCGCAACGGAAGCCUUACUGCCAAAUAGCAGAUUGACAGGUGGUAUGUACUGGUUGAGAUUUUGA